AUGGAAAACAUCUCUAUUGGUGGAAGUUUUGUUCUGUUGGGGCUCAGAGAGAUGGAAAAUUACAAAUACAUAUAUUCUGUGUUUUCUCUUGGACUUUACCUCAUGAUUAUGGUCAUAAGCUCCAUGAUUGUCUACAUAACCUGGACAGAGGAAACCCUACAUGAGCCCAUGUACAUCUUCAUAUGUAACUUGGUCCUCAACGUCAUGCUUGGAGGCUCGUGUUUCCUCCCCAAGUUGACCAUUGACUUGUUCUCUGGUUGCUCCACCAUCUCGCUUCCUGCGUGCAUUGCACAGGCGUUCUGCCUCCAGAGCUUUGCAUCCGUUGAAGUAUUUACCUUCACUGUCAUGGCAUAUGACCGAUAUUUGGCUGUCAGCCACCCCUUGAGAUACAACAUUUUGAUGACCAAUGGAAAGGCUGUAAAGUCCACGUUCCUCAUUUGGCUUUUGGUCAUCUUAAGCAGAAUUGUCGGGUCGGUAUUAACUGUGCGGCUAACCCUGUGUGGCAUAAACAUCAACAAUGUCUACUGUGAGACCAUGUCCCUUAUUCGCUUGGCUUGUGGAAGCACAGUAGCCAAUGAUAUCUAUGGGACCACAUGGACAUUGCUCAUGGUCAUUGUCUCCUUAUCAGUUGUGAUAUAUUGCUACAUAAGGACAUUUCUCAUCUGUUUCAAGAUCACAACGGACACUUCUCAGAAAGCCGUUCACACUCUAGUGACCCACAUAAUGGCAUUCUCCAUCUUUAUGACCACUACCUUGUUUGUUGGUUUCAGGUUAUUUUAUAAAGGGGAAGAGAAUGUAACGGCACCCGUCGGGGCCGUGCCGCUCCGGUCUUACCUCCUGCAGGGACAGCCGCUCUGCGUUCCACUGUGGAACGCGGAAGCCGCUCGACUUCCUGAUUUGGGCGGCGUGAGUUCCACGGUGGAACACGGAAGCCGCUUGCUGCGAUCCAAACCUUACUCCAUCCGGCAGGCGUGA